CUAUGUUGCGUUCGGAAACAUCACUCGAAUGUCCUCAUGUAUCCCAUUUUAUCCUUGUUUAACAUUUGAUGAACAACAAGGAUAAAAUGAUACAAGCAGAUAUAAGGAGGCACUCAAAUGAUGGUUCCGAAUGCAAUUCUAUUUAAUUCUGUUAUGAUCACGUGUGGUAUACUGACGUGGGCUGUGUGAGGUUAUGUAAUCUACCAUAACCUCAGAUUAAAAAAUGUAGUUGCACUAUACAAGAAUAUUUAACUGAUAGUACAAUAAGUUCUAGUGUGGCAUAAGUUAUUUAUAUUGAUUUAUUUCUUUCGUAUCAAUUUUUCUAUUUGCGCUAUCAUGACAGUCAAGAAUGAAAAAGCAGACGAAAAGAAAAAAGAAAGCGUUGCUCCCGAAGGGGCAACUCUAAAAGAUAAUUUAUGGGAAUCUGACAUGUAUCCAGAGAGAAGAGGAGCAAACAAUAAGCAUAGUUGGUUUAAAACGUUAAUUGGCGCUCAGGGACGAGAAGCGAUAGACAGAAAUAAAUGCGAAGACAAUGUUUAUAAAUGUAUAAAAAAAAGUCCUAUAGUAAAACUUAUGAUGGGAGCACUUAAAGGUUCUGGAUGUGAAAUAGAUAUUCGGCGACAUAUUUCUUGCGAAGUGUGCAAUCCAAUGGUAACUGGUGGAUAUGAUUCAGAAUACAAUCAGAUAGUUGUCUGUCAAAAUUCAGCGCAUAGUGAAAACAUGGUUCGGGGAGUGCUUCUACAUGAAAUGAUUCAUAUGUUUGACUUCUGCCGUAACAAAUUAGAUGUGAAUAAUCUUGAUCAUUUAGCUUGUACAGAAAUUAGAGCAGCAAAUCUUGGACACUGUAGUUUUAUGAGUUCAUUGUUACAAGGCGAUUCAUCUUUCAUUAACAUAAAAGCAACACAUCAGAAUUGUGUAAAACGCAAAGCUAAGAUGUCGGUAAUGGCUGCACGCAAGGUAUCAUCAGAGGUGGCAGACGCAGCUAUAGAAAAGGUAUUUACAAAAUGCUAUAAUGAUUUAGAACCAGUUGGCAGAAGAAUUCGUAGAAAUUCAUAUGAUAUGCCGAGGGCAUAUGCGGAAGGACAUUUAUAUGGAUAUGACAUGUAAAUAUUUAAAAAAAUUGUAUGAAAGAUUAGGUGAAAAUAUAAAUAUAUUCUAUUUGAUUAUA